GAUUUGAGAAAUGAUUCAUUAGAAUUGCAGGCAGUUGACGUAUAUUUGGGAUUUUGUUAUUUAUUCGUUGCAAUGGCGCUUAUUGAAUAUGCUUGCGUUGCGUACGCCACCAAGAAACACAAUGAUCAAUUGAAGAAGUACAAGAAACGUGAAGAUAUGAUGCAGACUCAAACACUGCAAACACCCGAUCUGUUGAGAGAUGCACGUAUUGAUGAGUGUACGUGUGAGCAAGGUACUUCGGUGUUCGCAACAAUUGCUAAACGUCCAUUCAAAUUACGAUGUAUAAAGCACAAUCGCAUCGACCUCAUCGCCAGAAUCCUUUUUCCUGCAUCGGUUAGUGAGCACAUUCACUGUUUCUUAAUUCCCUUAAUAGUAAGCGAUGCUAUUUUCGUUUUACUUAUUCUUAAUUAG